AUAUAAAAUCAAAUCGAGUAGAAUCCCUCCCCACCUUGCCUCUUGCCGGCCCUAAGUAAAUCCUCCAUAUAAAAUUGCAAAACUCGAGGAGUUACUCGUUCCGUUAUGCGUCCAAGGGCAAAAAAGCAAUGUGGCGUUCCAUACGCCGACCCCCUUCUUUCUCUCUUCGUACAACCUGCUCCCAAUCGCUGCCUAACUCUACCUUCCUCUCUUUCUCUUCUCCUCUUCCGAAACCCCAAUCCUCCUCCUUCUUCACACCCGCUAAAACUCUACCUUUCAUCGCCACAUCAUGGCCCUCCACCGUCAUCUUAUGGACCUUCAACGGCGGCCGCAAUACCAGCCGGAAUAUCGCCGCCAGGUGCAUUUCCUCGUUUCCGACUCCGCAACCAAAUAUGGCGGUUGAUUGGAACGACGCAGUUUCCUGCUCGGAAGUCGGCGAUGGCGGCGAAGACAACAACGUCGAUGAUAGAACGUUGGAGGAAGACACUAAACGUUCUAUUCCAGUUCGAGCUUAUUUUUUCUCUACUAGUGUGGAUUUGAGAGGAUUGGUGGAGCAGAACAAGCAGAAUUUUAUACCGCCGUCAUCGCGAAUGACUAAUUAUGUAGUUCUUAAGUUUGGCAAUCUUGCUAGUUCCCCUGGUCCUGGUGCUUUCAUAAGUGGAAGUGACUGCUGUUUCAUGGUGGUAUACCAGUAUGGGUCCAUCGUGUUGUUUAAUGUUUGUGAACAUGAAGUGGAUGAGUAUCUGAAAAUUGUUGAAAAACAUGCAUCAGGAUUGCUUCCUGAAAUGAGAAAGGAUGAGUAUGAGGUAAGAGAGAUGCCAACUCUAAACACAUGGAUGCAAGGUGGAUUGGAUUAUAUUAUGUUGCAAUUUUUAAAUAUUGAUGGAAUCCGUACCAUUGGAAGUGUUCUUGGUCAAAGUAUUGCUCUUGACUACUAUGUGCGCCAGGUUGAUGGGAUGGUUGCAGAAUUUACUGACAUAAAUCGUGGGAUGGAAAAAACAGGAACAUUUACCAUGGACAGCAAAAAGCUUUUUCAGAUAGUAGGAAAGGCAAAUUCUAAUCUUGCUGAUGUGAUUCUUAAGCUUGGACUAUUUGAGAGAUCAGAUAUUGCCUGGAAAGAUGCCAAAUACGCUCAAAUAUGGGAAUUUCUACGAGAUGAAUUUGAAUUAACUCAAAGAUUUGCGAGUCUUGAUUUUAAGUUAAAGUUUGUUGAGCACAACAUUCGGUUUCUCCAAGAAAUUCUUCAAAAUAGGAAAUCGGAUUUUCUGGAGUGGCUUGUCAUUGUGUUGAUAAGUGCUGAAAUUGUUAUAUCUCUUUAUGACCUUAUUAAGAGGUCGUUAUGAUGAUCCCUGUAUAGAGGUUAGCAAAUUUUCACAUGGAACUAUUAGUCAAAACGGUUUCUGAUCAAAGGUAGCUGUUGCUGUGCAUUUACUUUCUAGUUAGCUUUUGCUGUAUCGAAUAGAUUAGCUACAGGUUUUUUUAGUUUGUUGUAAAUCCCCUUCUCUAGUUCAUUUUAGACCAUGACUUUCUUUAUAACAAAAAAAAAAAAAAAACUUAAGGAUGGCAACGGCUAUCAUUUUCAUUUCAA